CCUCAGUAAUGGCAAGUGACAGAGGGUGAGGAAGACGAGGCGAAACUUUUCUAGCUGUGCUAGUUGCAAUUUUGCUAAUUUAUCUUUGACAGCAGCAGCGGCAGGACCGUGUUGUUUAUACCGUGACAGGGAAUUAGCGCCGCCGUCGCCUGAGUGACACUUUCUCCGUGGUUGUCGCUCGGUGUCGAAGUAACUGGAAACGCCAGAAGUUUGUCCGACUUCGAGUGAAUAAACAGUCGCCGGAGAGGAGAAACUAUGACCAACAGAGAAGACGAGUAUGACUACCUCUUCAAAGUGGUGCUGAUCGGAGAUUCAGGUGUAGGGAAGAGUAAUCUGCUGUCCCGAUUCACCCGCAAUGAGUUCAACUUGGAGAGCAAGAGCACCAUCGGGGUGGAGUUCGCCACACGCAGCAUCCAGGUAGAGGGCAAGACCGUGAAGGCUCAGAUCUGGGACACAGCCGGACAGGAGCGAUACCGAGCCAUCACUUCCGCGUACUACCGCGGAGCAGUUGGGGCUCUGUUGGUUUACGACAUAGCCAAGCACCUGACGUACGAAAAUGCCGAGCGCUGGCUGAAGGAGCUGCAGGACCACGCAGACAGCAAUAUAGUCAUCAUGCUCGUAGGAAACAAAAGCGAUCUACGCCACCUAAGGGCAGUGCCCACAGACGAGGCCAAGGCCUUUGCAGAGAAGCAUGGCUUGUCCUUCCUGGAAACGUCAGCAUUAGACUCAUCCAAUGUGGAGCUGGCUUUCCAGACCAUCCUCACAGCCAUCUACAACAUCGUGUCACAGAGGCAGAUGUCAGGACGGAGCGACUCUGACUUUUCCCCGGCAUCUAACGUUGUGCCCAUCACAGUUGAACCCACCCAAAACUCCUCCAACAAGGGUGUCUGCUGCCAGACCAACUGAGACUUUACCACGGGGCCUCCUCCUUCACCUCCAGGAAAAUGGAGAAAGAGCCAGACAGACAAAGACAGACAGAUGGACAGGGAAAAUGGAGAGACAGGUAGAGAGAUUCACACAAGGACACUUGUAGUUGCUUUGAUGUGUCUUUUGUCUGGUUAAGAAAACUUAGAACAGUGUGAAGGAGGGAUGGUAAAGAGGUUUAGAUGGACAGACAGGGAAAAUUGGAGUCAGUGGAAAGAGAACAGGUGAAGUGCACGGUCCAUGAUCAGAAAUGAUUCACAAUCCUAAUGAAAAUUUAACACAUUGUAAGGUCCCUUUUGCAUCUCGUCAAAAUUUCUGUCUUUGCAAACUGUCCUGCCUUUGAAAGCUCUAUUUUACAAGCUAGUAAAUGCUUCCUUUCAGUUUCCCACUCCCAGGAUAUUGAGCAGUAAAAAUCUACUUUCAAAAGACUGAACUGCAACCCCUCUGUCGUCACUGUCCUUCCCACUUUCCCAAAAUGUAGAGUAUUUAGAAAAUAAUGUCCCUUACAAUAUUUAUUGAACACUAGAUUAACACCUUGUUUGGCCAAAGGGUGAGAUUUUCUACACUGAUUUCUUCACAGCAAAGGGAGCUCUCUUGUUUUCUUUUGUCUACAAUCGUUUCUGUCUCUGAAGAAGCUUGUAAGGGUAACUGUCCCCCGCUAAUGGAGGGGCAUGGGCCUCAGGUCAUUUUUCCUAAAUGCACACGCUUGAAUUUGGUCGAAGUCGGUUGGUUCAAGUUGUGUUCCAAGCAGGCCUCUCAGAGCAAUAACAUCCCUCCCUAACAGUGACAUGCAAUUUCUUUUUGAUUGCUUUUGAUCUUUGUUUGGAAGGCUUUCCUGCUCUGUGCACACUUUGUACUCCACAGAUGAGUCAUGCUCUUACAAGCUUUGCACAGCGUUAACUCUAAAUGAGAUGGGAUAGCUGCAUUGCUGGUGGAUGGGUUAACUGCUGACGCCCGCCUCAGCCCUGCCCUGAACAUUCGGGUGCAGUGGCAGGGAGUUUGGUUUGAAUGCAUGGACAGCCCUGUACUGCUGCUGCUUCCUGCUAGCUGGGAUGGAUGGAUGGAUGGAUGGAUGGAUAAUGUUUCAGGGGAUGAGGUGGUGAGGGCACUCAGCCCUGCCCUGCUCCUGUGGUCUCUGAUGUACCCGAGAUGGCUUGUUUUACUGUAAAUGAAAUCCUCCACUGCCUGCUCACCUACUCCUUUCCGUCUCUGUGCACUGUAUCUAACUGGAACAGGACUCUGCCUUCUGGGAUCUCCCUGAGGUCUGCCCUCGCUCUCACUUGUCUUUAUUUCCUGUGGAGGGGGCGGGGGUUGUAUUCAGGGUCCAGGAUUGCGUUUGUUAGUAUCUAAUAGUUUAAUAGAUGAGGAAAGGGAGAAAGGACGGUAGCAUUAGGCGGGGCUUGAUUAAAUCCAAAGGUUAUGGACACAGAUGGUGUUUAUCCUGCUGAUGUGUUUCCACAUCAACACAGACUUCUGUUGACUUCACAGCUCUUAAACUGGGUGGUGUAGGUUAGGGCUUUUUAAACAUUUAUUCUAAUAUAUGUAUAUUUGGACUGCAUAUGUUUAAAUAAAUCUCAUUUGUUAUA